UUGGCGGGAUAAAAUCGUGCUGCUGCCCGCUGCAAACUUGCAACGCUGCGAAUACCGAUAAACAAACCGCGCGCACUUAAUACCAUAAUCCAACGACCACGUGCUUUUUGCUCCAUUUGGGUCGGUUUGUGCGGGAGCGCUGGACAAAGCGCGCUGUCUGUGCAUGUUUUAGAAAACAACGCAUAAAAAGCCAUAAAAAACAGUGAAGCAGUGUGACAUUUUAUUUAAUGCCAUUCUAAUGGUGAUCAAAAUGAUACGCUGCAAUUGGAUAGUUUGGAUCGGAGCGUGUCUGCUGCUGCAGGCACCGUGGCUAGUGGCCGCAGAUCACGAUCCACCGCCCGGGAACCGGCCGACCCAGCUGGAAGACAUCGAGCGGGACAAUCUGAACAGCGAGCGGCAGGUGUUCAAAAAGGAAGCGAUCGCACAGCAGCAGCAGCAGCACGGAGCUAGCUCGAGCCAAAGCAACAAUCACUACACCGUGCAGAUACAGCACCAUCCGGGCAGUACGGCCGGUACGCACAGCUCGGUCAAAUACGUGACGCCACUUCCGGCCCCGACCCAGACGCUCACCUACUCGAAAGAUCACGCUGUGCCGCAACAAUACGUCAGCAUUCCGCAGCAGCAGCCGCCGCUUCAAUUCCUCCAGCAGCAGCCACAGCAACGAGUGCCACAGGUGCACGAGGCGCAUUCCACCUAUACGGUGCCGUCCCGUCAGUCACUGCUGCAGCCCGUCAUCGGUGGAGGUGCACCGGCCUCCCCGUAUCUGACGCCGCAGCCGCAGUACGUGUAUGUGCAGGCCCGGCCCCAGCCGCUGCCACAGUAUGCGGCCGACAACAGUCUGCCCCAACAGCUGCUACACAUCCUGCCACAAAAUUCACAAGCUUAUAUCAUGAUUCCGACACCAUACUUCCAGCAACAGCAGCAGCAGCAGCAAGCACCGCACGCGCCAGCUGCCCCGACCGGGCCAGCCCUGCCAUCGAUUACACCGCCCUCAUCGCCGGCAACGCCCCAUUCCGCCCAGCAGCUGGCCGCGUAUGUCAACGACCCGGACAAUCACAUCCAAACCUACUCUCACGGUGAAACUGGAGCACAGUCCCCAGCCACCGGGGCGACGGUCCAGCCUACGGCGCAACCCGAUGUCGUAUACGCCGCAUCCUCUACCCCAGCUCCACCCCGGCAUCAAUCUCCGUCGGCCGAAUUUUCCAUCGUGAAGAGCGUGGAGCAGCCGGUCUACUACUCACACGACCUUCCACCGCUCCAAUCGAAUAAGCUGCCCCAGCACGGCGAUGGUUCUGUGUUUCAGUUUGGUGGCGCACAGGUACACCACCCCGUCACCGGCAGACCUUUUACGGGCCAUCACCACCACCAGCAGUUUCAUCACCACCAACAACCUCCGCACCAGCUGCACUACCCUACGUACGUACAGCCGCACGGACACUCGUACGCCGGGGCCCAGCAACAGCUUCACUAUCCUUCCCUGGCGCAUCCGAACAACGGCAUCUUGAACUACUUUGGCGUACAGCAGCGGCCACCCACUAGCCUGCUCGACUCGUACGUACCGUCCUCGCUGCAGCUUGCGAAAACGCCACUGUACACCACGAAACUGGCACCCCACGCGUACCCGGCGGUCCAUCACGGGCAGCUGCAUCACCAGCAGCCACGUCCGGUGCAGUUCUACCAGCAGGGUGCAGUUCCAGUGUACCCGGUGAACCCGCUCCACACGACCAUCCUGCAGCCGGCCGGGCCAGCAGGACACGGCGCAUCCUUCCCGCACGCGCAACCACUCGCGCUGGGGCAGCUUCCGUCGGGCCCGUCGGCCACCGCCCCCGGGUACAAUACGAUCGCGUACUCCGUGCCGCUGGCGUUCACGAAAACGUCCGCGCAGUACAAACGCUCACCGGCGCUGUUCAGUGUGGCCGGCUUUGCAAGACCGUCGACGGCCGGUUUGGCCACGACCAAGCUCCAGCCGGCGAAGCAGUUCGCGUGAGCGGGAAUGCAGCUGCACACACGGUGGCGUAAACAUAGAGGUUAAUUUAUUUAGUUGAUAGAAUACAUUGUUGCGAGAGUUGUUGAAUA